UGGCAGGGCGGUAAUAGUUAACCAGGGGAAAAGUUACCGUGUGUCCCAGACAGAGACAGAGACAUGUCCAGGGCUCUCUCAGACGACAGUACAACCCUGCAGCUGUUGGAAAACAAACUUUGACAAUGGUGCUUAAACAGUGUCGACUGAAGAGUUUUGGUGGUAACCGUCCAGAAAAGUGGUAUGACCUUUCUUUUCAUCAAGACAAAGCUAGCAGUUUUGUGCCAGCGACCAUUUCCCCAAAUAUGUCGAGUUUGACAGCUAUCAACACAUCUCCGUGUAUCAUCACUCCACCCCGUAUGAGCUCUGAGAAGCCGCUAUGGAGAAAGACACGAGCUGGACGGAAGCUUAUGCAUCUCUCUGCAGUGACACAGACGUCCUCGAGAGAGCUGAGUACCUCCACCAGAGCCUUGCAGUAUUUUGAAGCAGAUGCACCAAAGUGUGAGAGCGGGAAACUGCUUUUUGAUACGCAUGCAGUGGUGCGACUCUUUGAGGAAAACGGUUUCACGACUCAGCAGGCUGAGGUGAUGGUUAAAGUGCUGGUGAGGAUGACAAACUCUAAUAUGGAAGUCAUCUAUAACGACAUGGUUACCAAAGUGCAGCAGGAGAUCAUGUUGCAGCGUGUGAUGUCUCAAAUAGCAGCUGUAAAGAAGGACAUGAUAAUUCUUGAGAAGAGCGAGUUCUCUACUUUACUUGCAGAAAAUGAGAAACUAAAGAUCCAGCUAUUGCAGCUCAAGGUCCAACUGGCUGAUGUCCUGAAUAAAGUGCGCUCGGAUACGAUUAUCGACAUGAAUUUGGAGAAAAGUCGUGUAAAGGAAUUGAAAGUAGUGCAUGAGAAGAUGCUUCUAGAAACACGGACUGAAAUUAUGGAAAUGAAUGCAGAGCAGGAUCGUCAUUUGACUCAGACCAACAUGAAAAUAGACACUGAAGUGGCUGGUUUGAAAACUAUGUUAGAGUCUCACAAACUGGAUACUAUAAAAUACCUUGCAGGCUCAGUGUUCACAUGCCUCACUGUGGUCUUGGGUUUCUAUCGUAUUUGGAUGUGAGCAGCACAAUGAUUAUGAUUUUCAUAUAACCUCUGGUGACACUUGAACUUUAAUGCAUCCUCUGAAUAGAGCUUUCAGAGACAAAUCUCUCACAUUCAGAAAGUUGGCAUUAUCUGUGCAAUCUUGUUCUCCUCUCAGAAGUAGUAGUUAUGGGAAGAAAGGCUCUGCCACAUGAUCACCGGUGAAAGCUUCUGAAAUAAUGCAUUUUUUAUGAUGAAAUUCAAUGGUUUUUAAGCUGCCUAUUAUUAUUUCAUUGGCUACCUCAACAUAACUGAUGAAUAUGCUUAUCAAAAGUUUUGGACAGUCCAAUUUUAUUCAGAUGUCCCCAGAAGGUCUCAUUGAAAUAAUGUUCUGCAGACAAGUAAAGACUGAAGCCUUAUUGAUAUAAUAAGUUCGAAAUUGAAGUUAAACCUUUUAAAAACGUUAUGUAUUUAUUUUGUAUAUGUAUGUAUUAAGCUGAAGAUACCGUAUGGUAGAGAAGAACAAAGGAAGGAGUCAGUGUGACUCUUAACCACUAUAUUAUCAUAGACAAUUAGCUUGUGUUUAUCUCUGUGCAAUGCAGUUGCAGAAAUAUUUUAACAUGACUGAUUUACUUAUGUUUUUUUGAAUAAAAUGAAUUGUCAAUAAAUGUAAACUUUGUG